AUGCACACACUCCAACCUCUGAGACUCUUGAUAUUGGGUGCCCCAGGCUCUGGAAAGGGUACACAAACUAAUAAGUUGCUCAAACGGUUUUCCAACAUACAAUCGGUUUCUUCCGGGGAUAUUUUACGGUGUGAGAUUUCUGCCGGCAGUAUGCUUGGUCAACAAGCCGCAUCAUACAUUGGCCAAGGUAAGCUGCUGCCGGAUAAUUUAAUCAGUGGGGUUGUUAUGGGGGAAUUAGCCAGACGUGGCUGGCUCCAUAAAAAGUCCAGCUGGUUGCUUGAUGGGUUUCCCCGUACGGUUGGCCAGGCUAAGGUGUUAGAACGGGAUUUAGUCAAAAAUGAGGCGUCGGUGAACAUGGUGGUUGAACUUCGUGUGCCCCAAGAUGUGAUACUUGGAAGGAUUGAAAAACGGUAUAUCCAUGAGCCUAGCGGUAGGGUGUAUAAUCUACAUUACAACCCACCUAAGGUGUUCGGAAAAGAUGAUGUUACAGGAGAGCCAUUAACUAAAAGGUCCGAUGAUACAGCAGAGGUAUUCAAAAAGAGAUUAGACGACUAUAAUCAAACUGUGAUCCCGCUAAAGGAGUACUACUCCAGUAAAGGUAUCUUUCACACUGUCCAUGGAGAUUCAUCUGAUAUAAUUUUUCCACAGUUGGCAAAACUUGUUGACGAACAUCUAAAUAGUCGUUCUUAA